AUGGCGAUGAACGCUACUGCUUUCAAUCACUCCUAUCACAUCAAUGCAACACAUGUGUCUGGAAAAAAUGUUCCUAUGUCUUCAGACAACUAUGCUGAGCUGAGAAAGUCUCUCAACAUCAUGUCUGUCAUUGUUUACUCCCUGGCCUGUGUUCUUGGUGUGCUCGGGAAUGGAGUAGUUAUCUGGGUGACCGGAUUCAAGAUGAAGAAAACAGUUAACACAGUUUGGUUUCUCAACCUCGCUGUGGCCGACUUCCUCUUCACAGCAUUUCUGCCUCUGAGUAUUGCGUACACAGCUUUGAAAUUUCACUGGGCUUUCGGCAAGUUCAUGUGCAAACUGGGCGGCGGAUUGAACUUACUGAACAUCUUUGCCAGUGUCUACAUUCUGGUGGUGAUCAGUGUGGACAGAUGUGUGUCUGUGGUGUGGCCCGUCUGGGCCCAGAACCAUCGCAAUGUACGCAAGGCGUCAUUUGUGAGUCUGGGUGUUUGGAUACUGGCUCUGAUUCUCAGCGCUCCAUACUUCAUCUUCAGGGACACUCUGUCAUUCAGGAAUGGCGUCACUAUCUGCAUCUACAACUUUGCCCUCUCUGAUGACUAUAAAACACCAUCUGUGAAUCAGCUGCGACAGUUUCGUCAUCAGGCUGUGAUCAUUACACGCUUCAUCCUGGGAUUUGUUGUCCCCUUCACUGUCAUUGUCUUCUGUUAUGCUGUGAUAAUCCAUCGAAUCAGAAGAAACCGCACCCUGGCCAGCCAGUCAAGUCGCCCCUUUAAGAUCAUCGCUGCAGUGAUCAUCACUUUUUUCCUGUGCUGGGCUCCCUAUCACAUCAUGGCUUUAAUUGAGAUGGUCUAUCCCAAUCCUGCUUCUCGCACUGAAACAAUGGUCUAUGCCUUUACUGUCGGUACUCCCCUAGUAACCAACCUGGCUUUUAUCAACAGUUGCCUGAACCCACUGCUGUAUGUGUUCAUGGGCCAAGAUUACAAGGAUAAGGUCUGCAAAUCCAUCCUGAGUGUAUUUGAAAGGGCCUUCCAGGAAGACGUUUCUUGCUCUCACACUGAUUCAAAGUCAAUGGACACCAGGCAGAGCGCUGAGAUGUCAGCUCUUAAUACCGAAGUAUAAGGCUGUCAGUGACAGCCUUGAAGAAACAAAUACUGAAAAUGAGCAAAUGAUCUUCACAAAUGUGACAGAAUAUAAAAAACUUAUUUUGUUAUAGAAUAUAUCAGACUGUAAAUUACCUUACAGAACAGAUUUUACUGAAUAUAGAUUUUACACAGUCAAGCUGAUAGCAAGUUCAUUUGUACAGCAUUGUCCCCACCUCAAGCUACCCAACGUCCUUUACCACCAGGAUGUGAGCAACAUGGUACCCCCCACAGAAACCACCUCUUGGCUGAUCUGCACUUUUUUGGGGGGGUGAGGUUUUGUAUUGUCAUUUCCUCUUUUAGUCUUUAUGGUAAUUUUCCCACUGUAUAUCUCCCUUUGUAUCUCAUGGUGCACCCUGGGUGCUUUUAUAAACAUUUUAUUGCAUAUUUUUUAUUUUUACUCAAGGACAAUCAAAUGCAAGUCUAAUAAAUACUCACUCUAGCUGCUUUGAGCUUAAUAUAUUCAUAAAGCAGCAAUCGCUUGUUGGCUUAGUCUGGUCUUUUGGUUUUUGUUUGGCCCUAACUGGGUCAAAACUGAAAAGUCGGUUAUUGAUGCUGUGGUAUGAAGUUAUCCAUGACAUGAAUAAACAAAUGCUGUAAAUGUACAUAGCAAAUAAUUUUCACACAUGUGCCUGUAAAUACCAGAUAUGUGUUAGUGGAGUAAUACCUCUAUUGUUACUGUGACCAAUCCCAUGGUAGUAGCUGUAAGGUUUUCAUGACAUUGCUACAUGAGUUUACCAUCAUUCCUGACCUCUUAGACAGCAUACAGUAACACCACAGGAAAGGAAUUGCCCACCUUUUCGUUGAA